ACCAAAACAUCAAUUACUUGCUUGAUUAAUUUUCUGAAAUACUCUCAUUAUUAUUAAGUCUUUCAAAUUCAAAAAUUAUAAUGUCUGGUUGUGGUUCUGGCUGUGGUUGCGGUUCUAGCUGCAGUUGCGGUAACGGUGGAGGGUGCAGCAUGUACCCUGAUUUGGAGAAGUCCACUACCUUUACCAUCAUCGAAGGAGUUGCACCUAUGAACAACAAUGCAAUGGCUGAAGGAUCAAUUGAGAAGGCAAAAGAAGGAGGAAAUGGGUGCAAGUGUGGAUCAAGCUGCAACUGUGACCCUUGCAACUGUUGAAGUGCUUCCACUAUGAACAUGAAAUAAUAAAUUGUGUUACGUAAUAUUUUGUGUCAUAAAAACAUUGUACAGUAAUUUGAAUAAGACUAUAUAUAGCCAUGUAAAGAAUAAUAAUGUGUCAUGUUCUUAUACUAUACUUUCAUGGUUUUUUCUGUUUGGUGGUUUAAUUUGAUGUUUGUUUGAAGGAUGGUUAUAUGAGUUGUAACCCAAAAUAUAUUUAUGUGCAAUAUAUAUAAGUUAUUUCCUUCA